AUGUCACAAAAAUUGCUUGAACGGUUUUCUAAUGAUUUUGCUCAACUUCUUGAAAGUGAACAUGAUUAUAAUGUUAUCGUUCAAGUUAAGGAACAAACUUUUAGGUUGCAUUCAUUAGUUUUACAUCAACGUUCAUCAUUCUUUCGUCAAGAAUUAUUGACUGCAAUUAAAAAGAAUAAUAUUUUCGAAAUUAAUUUUCCGAAUUUUUCUGUUGAAACUUUUAAAAUUUUAAUUAA